CAUUGUGGCCCGACCUAAACUACAAUUAAUCUCCCUACACAGUCCCAUAUCCUAGAGUUGUUUCCUGGUUGCUCCUGCUGCUCCCUGUAGGUCUUGGUGUGCCUCCCAUCAGACUGGCAGAGCAGGCGGGAAGAGAGGUGGUGCCGGGACGGGGACCGGGGCUGCACCAGCCUUUCUUCUCUACUUCCCUCCGUCCUCAGCUGAGUGACUCGAGCUGGAGCUUCGAGAGGCAACCAUCACAGAGGGACCUCCAGGCCUGCCAAGUGUGCAUUGUCCAUCUUGGACAUUAAAGAGUGGCAUUUAGAGGGCCAGGUGUUGUUGGCUGGUAGAGGAGCAGAGUAUGUUGAGUGGUUCUGGUUACCAUGGAGCCGCAGGAUAAGAAGCAGGAUGUGGCUGUGAGUCUUGGGCUGACUACAGGACAGGCUCUGGGGACACUCAGAGACCAGCUCACUGGUCUGCUGGAACAGCACCAGAGGACUGCGCGCAGACGAGCGUCUGUUCAGGAACAAUGGAUGAAGAGCUUCCUUUAUCAUGGCAACCGUCACUCCUGUCUCCAUUGGCCAGGAGCUGCCCUCACCUUGCUGGUGGUGCUGGGACUGUUCUGUUGCCAUGGUAGUCAGCCUAAGGGCAGCUCUGGUAUAGAGCUGGUGAGUGCAUUAGCUCUCCUCCUCCUCUUUCUGUUGAACCUGCUGCUAGUUGGACGACAGGAGAGGCUGAAGAGAAGUGAGAUGGUUCGACGCCUCAAAGGCAUCAUCACACAGCUGAAUGACUACUUGUCUGGGUGUGUGGGAGAGCCGGUGCGGUGGUCUUCUUCUCUCUACCCUGACCUGUACACUCCCUCAUCCCCAUCCUGGUCGCUCCACUGGACCUACCGCGAUUCACAGCUUGUCAACCUGCCAGUCAGCCUACUGGUGGAAGGAGACAUCAUAGCUCUAAGACCUGGACAAGAGGCGUUUGCAUCCCUUAGAGGCAUCAAGGAUGACGAGCAUAUUGUGUUGGAGCCUGGAGAUCUAUUUCCCCCAUUCUCCCCUCCUCCCUCCCCACGGGCCCCUGACAAGAGAGGUCCUCAGAGUCCCCAACAACAUCGCUUGUUCAGAGUGGUCCACACUCCAGUAUUAGAUGCUGUCAGGAACAGUUUGGAGUUGGCACUGUCCCGGCCGGUCACAGCGCUGGAUAAUGAGAGGUUCACCGUGCAGUCACUCAUGGCCAAGCUAGCAUGCCCUAUCGUGCUGGUGGCGUUCUUGCUGGUUAACACUGUCCGCUAUUUCUUGGACUCACCAAGCCUCACCCCUGCCUGCUUCAAUUUCUUCCAGCUGCAGUUGAUGGGGGUUCUGCCUAUUUUGCCUUUACUCUUCCCUGUCAUGUGGGUGCUGGUGAAUGCCUAUGGAGAGGCCCGGGUCCUCGCCGAAUCCAGCCGCGCCUCACCCACAGGCCUGCUUGCUAAGUUCUCUGAGGAUACUCUAAGCAGCUACACGGAAGUGGUUUCCUCCCAGGAGAUGCUGCGCUGUGUGUGGAGACACCUUGUGGACGUCUUAAAGGGGGAGUCUCAGACCCUUUGCUACACUUCCAGCCUUUUGCAUACUCUGGGAUCUGUCACUGUGCUGUGCUGUGUGGACAAGCAGGGUAUUCUGUCAUGGCCCAAUCCAAGUCCAGAGACCGUGUUGUUCUUCAGUGGGCGAGUUGAGCCUCCUCACGACAGCCAGGACGACCUAAGGGAUGACCUGUCUGUCAAUUCCUAUUGUCGCAUGGAGACUGAUGAUGACAGGGAUGAGGUCCAGGAGGCCGAAGCUCUGCUCUGUCUACCAGCAGAGUCUUCUACCCAGCUUGGGGAUGGGCCUGAGCCCAGUGAGACAUCACAUGACACAGCUCGCUCCUCCGAGACACUCAGACCUCAGAGAUCUGGCCCACACUCACACACACGCAUCAAACACCCCUCAGGUUCCAACGUCAGCUUCAGCCAUGACACUGAGGGUGGGGAGGAUGACCAGGCUCAGGAGCUAGGGAUGGGCUGCCCGGAGACAGAGGCGGAAGACUUUGUGUGUGACUACCACCUGGAAAUGCUGAGCCUGUCACAGGAUCAGCAGAACCCAGUCAGCAUCCAGUUUGAUGACCUGUCCUGGCAGUGCCACCUGCCCUCCCUUAAACCCCUUGGCCUCAACAUUAUGCUCAACUUGUGCAAUGCCAAUGUCACUCAGCAGCUGUGCCGCUUCUCAGACCACUUGUCCAAUCUAGCACUGCAGGAGAGCCAUGGCUCUGUGCUGCCCGUGCAUGUACCUUGGGGGCUUUGUGAACUGUCCAGGCUCAUAGGUUUUACCCCUGGUGCAAGGGAGUUGUUCAAACAGGAAAACCAUCUGGCUCUGUACCAGCUGCCAUCUGCAGAGAAGACGAAAGAGUCUGCCCCCCGUCGCCUGCACCACUUCAUCAAACGUCAGCCUCCCAUCUCCCACCUCAUCUCCUUGUUUGUACGAGACUCCUCCUCCAAUAAUGUCCAGAUGCUGUCACAUGGUUCGGCCGACCUGAUUCUAGAGGCCUGCACGGACUUCUGGGACGGAGCUGAUAUCUACCCCCUCUCAGGGUCAGAUAGAAAGAAGGUUUUAGACUUCUACCAGCGGGCCUGCCUGUCAGGCUACUGCUUGGCCUUUGCCUACAAGCCCAUGCAGGUGUCCCUGUCAAGCCAGCUGAACGGGAAAUGUGUGGAGCUGGCUCCAGGUCCCAGCCUCUUCUCGGGUGUAGAGCUGCCUUCCACCACCCCCAUCAAACACAGCUCCCGCAGGAACAGCUGGAGCUCUGAUGAGGGUAUAGGUGAGGGUGUGGAGCGUGACGACUGUGUCCAGGCACUGAGCGGUCAGAUCUUCAUGGGUAUGGUUUCAUCCCAGUUCCAGGCGCGACUUGACACAGUGCGGCUCAUUGAUGCACUGGUCACUGCCUGCAUCCGCUUUGUCUACUUUUCUAUGGAGGACGAGCUUCGCAGCAAGGUGUUUGCAGAGAAGAUGGGUCUGGAGACGGGCUGGAAUUGUCACAUAUGUCUGACUCCUAAUGGAGACGGCCCCUGUGAAGGUGCUCCCUCAAGCCCCAGUCAAGGCUCCUUUCAUGAUGACCUGCAUCAAGAUUCUCAGGAUGAGGCAGAAGGUCCUUUGCUUCCAGAAGAGGAGGCCCACUCUGACCUUGCUAGCUUCCAGCCCACAGACAGUGAUGUCCCCAGCUUUCUAGAGGACUGCAAUAGGGCCAAACUGCCUCGUGGUAUUCACCAGGUCCGUCCUCACUUGAAGAACAUUGACAAUGUGCCUCUCUUAGUGCCGCUCUUCACUGACUGCACCCCUGACACAAUGUGUGAGAUGAUGAAAAUCAUGCAGGAGAACAGGGAGGUUACAUGUUGUCUUGGGAGCUCGGCCAAUUUCCGCAACAGUCGCCUGUUUUUACAGAGUGACCUCAGUAUUGCCCUGGACCCUCUUUACCCGUCUCGGUGUUCAUGGGAGACAUUUGGCUAUGCUACUGGUGGAGCAUUUAAUGGAGAGUCAGAGGGUCUGUCUCCUUUGAGGCUGUCUGGACAGCUCAAUACUCUGGGCUGCUCUGUCACAUUUCAUCAAGGGGAGAGCGUUAGCAUGGUUAAACUCAUAGAACAGGCACGUCACACAACCUAUGGCAUCCGCAAGUGCUUCCUUUUCCUUCUGCAGUGUCAGCUUAGUUUGGUCAUCAUCCAGUUCUUAGCCUGUCUAGCCCAGCUCCCUCCUCCCAUGAAUACUACUGACAUCCUCUGGCUGUCCUGCUUCAGCUGUCCAUUGCUAAGUGUGUCAUUUUUAGGGAAGCCCCCAGAUAGCUCAGUCAUGACAGUUGCCACAGGGAAGAACCUAGAUGCUAUUCCUAAAAAGACCCAGAACUACUUCCUGGGCUGUUUUCUGUUGAAAUUUGGCCUGACGGUGUGUGCCUACCUCCUUGGCUUCGGCUUUACAUUACAAGAGAUCUGCCUCAGAAUCAACUCUGAAAACACCAGCGUCAACUUGACUCACAUACUCUCAGCUAGCUCAUCAGAGAAUGCCCCUCAUUGGUUCAUUGAGUUGUCAAAUAGUCUCCUGCUUGCUCAGAAGGUUAUGGCGGCAUUCUUGGCCUUGCACACAGUUGUUAUCUCCCUGAGCUAUGUGCACCGCUCUCAGCCUCUUUGGAGAAAGAGUCCCUUCAGCAACACCUGGUGGUGCCUCACAGUUCCUGUGGUUUUGCUUGGCCAAGUGGUCCAGGCGACUGUUGACUAUCAGCUAUGGCGUGACAGGAGUAGCGCCCAGAAAUUUUUCCUGAGGGACAUACCCCUAACGGCUUGGCUGCUAGUCUCACUGUCUCCAUUGCUGGUGGUGCUGGUCAACGAGCUGGUUAAGCUGCAUGAGAUUCGAGUGCGGGUUCGCUACCAGAAGAGACAGAAGCUACAGUUUGAGACAAAGCUGGGAAUGAACUCUCCAUUCUGAUUGGUUCCAAGGAACUCAGAGGUGUAUCAGUACUAGGAGCCAAUCAACCUUCUGGUAAAAAGAGUGAUAUGGGAGAGUGCAAAUACUCAAGCACUUUCGCUAACACUCGCUACCCUUUGCCUUGUUUCAAGGAUACUUGACCUACUUCAGCCCAGAACCACUGUAACUGUAAGCUGGAACAGAUACCAACCAAAUUGCAUUGCUUGGGCUUAAUAAUGCAAUUAUUUAAGAUUCUUAAUUUCUGUUUUAUUGAAAUUAUUGGUAUUUUAUCAGGGACAUUUAAAGGGGAAAAAGGAAAAUUCCAAAGUAUAUUAAUUUCUCUUUUCCUCUGAUAGAAAAGAGCCAAAUGGUAAUUUUUAUUAUAUAGUUUUAGGUUGUUUUAAAGGCAUCAAGAAUGUUUUUGAAGAGGUUACACUCUCAUACUCACUUUUAUUCUUCCCUUGUGAGGGUUUGUCACCCGAGACAAACACUUGUGCAUGGUCCUUCUCAUCCUGUGCUUUGCAGCUGUUUGUCCUCAAGAAUCCACAGAAUGCAUUUGACUGGCUGCCUAACUUAACAGGAUUUAGUUUUAACUUCAUCUUUGAUUCCUUUUUGAUCUGUCUCAUUCUUAAUGUCAUCAGUCACAAGAGCAGCCCUCAAGUACCAGAUAUAAGUGGAUGUCAGUGCAUCUUUACUAUCAGAACUAUUUAGUCUGAAAGACAUUUGCAUUGCUUGGAGUUUGUAAUAGUGUCUUAAAGUUUGGUGUUGGCUUGCGAAGCCUAUAAUAAGUCACCUGCAGGAAAGGACAUAGAAGUCUACCUCUUGUGAUUCAGGACAGAUUGAAGAAAAUGUUACAAAGAAGCAUUCAUAAACUGGCUUUCUGAAGGCUGCUCUGCAGGUGUGCCCUGUGCCACAUUAUAACUGUAAUCUUCACUUAGUUAGCUUGGAAGAGAACUUCUUUAAAUAGACUACUUUAGAACAAAUGUUCUUUGUUCUCACUCACAUACCCAAACAUAAGAGCUAAGCAUGGGCAGUGCUCCUGUAAGGCAGUUGUGCUUAAUCUUUUUGAGUUGUGACCACCCAGAAGAAUUGGGUUGGUGUUUGUGACCCCCCCCCACCCCCCCAUAGCAUUGGGACAUUUAACUCACAACACCUGAUGCAAACACAUUGAUCGCUCAUACAUAAACUGUCUGCCUGAGACUGUUCAGGCUGUAAUAUAACACAUGAACGCUACCAAACUCACACAGGAAGACCAUUGCUUUGCCCACAGACAGAACAACUAAUUUGAUUUUGGCUUUAAUUAGUGUUUUUAGAGUUAAUGAAACAACAGCACCUCAUAUGCACAGACACCCUCAAUAAAAUAUAUCCUAAGGCAAAUUAUAUCACUGGUACAGGCAACGUAAUGUAAAAACCAUUCCCCCAUGUAAAAUAUGUUAUUUUAUUUAUUUUUCCACAAUCAUCUGGCAACCCCCGGAAAUUAUCUCGUGAUCCCCCUGGGGAUCCUGAGCCCCCUAGGUUGAGAACCAAUGCUGUAAGGCAAUAAGAACUAAAGAUUAAUUAAAAUUUUCUGUGAAUUAUAUAUAUUUUAAGAAUGUCCUGGUUUGCCUCAUUAACCCAUGCAUCAUGUGAAAGAAUUCCUGUAACUGGUUGUACAACAAGCAAUGAACAAAUAGCAAGGUUCACUGUGUAAAUAUCCUAGAAUACCAGUCUUCUGAAAGCUGCUCCAUAUCAUUCAGCUGCCUUCUGUACACUUAUUUAAUUACUUGACAGUGAAAACCUGUAGGGUAGAGAUAGACAGGCACUUACAAUACUGUUCAGCUUUUGGAUAUCAGCAAAUUGGAAGUAAGCAAAUGUAUAACUGAAGAGAAUUCUUCCAGAAAGCAGUUUUUCCCCUACUCUCACAUUUCCUCCUGACCAGCAUAUUCCAGAGAUUAAAAUUCAACUAUGUUUUUUCUUUUCUUUUCGGAAACGUAUCUCAAAUUAUUAUCCCCUCUAGUCUGUGGAUUUCUGUCAAGUUUAAUUACCAUGUGUUGUGUAUCUAGGCCUAUUUAUUUGUAUGGUAACUAUGUCCUAGCAACAGCUGACAACUGUCAUUGGUGUCUUCUGUCAAACCUCUUUGUUUUGGUUCCAUCUUUGUAAUGAUUGUGCUCUUUUGUAUGAAUGGGCUUAUGUUGUCAUUCGCAACACACUAGUGUAGAAUUUAACUACCUUGUGCUUUGAUGUCCUUCAGCCAUCUGCAUGAACACUGAACAUUUGAGGUUAUCACUUAUAGUGUGGUCUGAUCUGAAGACUGAACUGAACAGAACUGUCUGGGGUUUAUUUUGGUAAUUGCCUGUACAUUUGUACCUAUCAUAGUCAUCUUUACAGUUUGAUGCUCGUGCAAACACAUAUUUGACUUGGGGUCUGCAUGGAUAAAUUGAAGGAAAAGUCAAUGUUAUGGAAAAGCACCAAUUUGUAAUCCUGAGGCAUCCAAGGCACUGAAACUGUAUAGAUCACUUUUGGAUGGACCCAUGGUUUGCAAGUUAACUGGUGCCUCAAGCAAAGCUAGUGAAGAUGUUUUCUAUUAUUUAUUUAUUUUUGCCCUGUUUCAGACACCAUUUAAUUCUGUCAUUAACAUUGUCUGUACUUGCAUGAAUAAGACAUGGUGGUUGUUCAGUCUUGAAUAGAUGAUGAUGAUAUUUAUAAUUUUACUGUUUCAUUUGUUCACUACAUAAUGUGAAUUGAAUUCAGUCAAGCAUGGACUGCAGAUGUUGCUUGUGUUUUCUCACCACUGUGGGAAUGCCUGACUCAGCCCGCUGUUACAACCCGUGGGAAUGAUGGUAGGAAUUUUAAUUACAUAUUCAUGCAUUAUGCUCUGCAUAACCAAGGUAUCAGUUGAGUUUGGGAAGUAAUGGAAUUCGAUUGUCCACGAGAAACAUAAAUGUAUAUUUUGUAUUUUUUUAAAUGUCUAUAUGGGGUUAUUUCAACUUUAUUGGCAAAUUUUGUUUGUGUAUUACGUUAAGAUAAUAAAUAUGAC